GGAGCCCGCGAUGCCUCGGACCGCCCUGCCCUGCCGGGGCCGCGGGAGCCCCGCGCCGCGCUGCCACUGACAGCCCAGCGGCGCCGCUUCCACCGGGACGCCGACUUUUUCCUUCUUUUUGUUUAUUCUGCCGAUCUCGAGGUACCGCUAUCCUCCUCCCAGGCACCGCGGGCAGGUCCUGGCGGACCGUAUUGGAUUUUUACCCUUCCGUCUCGAUCUCCUGUCUGAAAAGAUAUUUAUUUUUAAUAAAAGAAAAAGUCCAGCCGCAAAUCCAGUUCGUAUCACGUUCCCCUUUCUGUGGAGUCCGGUGUAUUUCUACAGAUAAAAAAGUUUACUUCCCCUCCUCCAGUUUUAUUGACACUGAGGAUGAAGAAGGAUUUGCAAAUGAAAGCGCCUUGAAAUACAGCAUCUUUUGGAGAGAGCUCUGCAGUUCUCCAGCCUGUUGAGUCUCGAAUUCCACCCUUUGCCCCUGCUGAAUCCACUGUUCUGCCCUUUACUCUCUGGGGUAAAAAAACCAAACAACAACAACAAAAACCCGAGGGGAAAAAGAAUACCUUUGGCAGCAGGGAAGCUUUGUGUGACUGACCCAACGAGCUACAAGUGUCCAGUUUCUGAAAAGAAGAAAACCCUUUUGUCUUCAGCAGAUCAGUAGAAUUAUUUUGGAAGGGAGGAGAGUAUCAAGUGAUCUGGCCUACUGAAGAGGAGCCUGAAGCCAUCCCUGAGUGGAAAUUUUGGACUUGGAGGAGGAAGGCUGAGUGUGUCCCCCCAUGUGGCAGAACUGCUUCUCCUCACCAGGGAACUCCAGGUGAAGGACAUAGGUCAAGGGCAACUUUUACAUUCCACCCAAAAGGCACCAGAGUUUGAGAUGAGGAAUUCAGAAGAGCAAGCAGCUACGACAGUUUUACAGCGCCUGCUGCAGGAGCAACUCCGAUACGGAAACCCAAAUGACAACCGUAACCUUCUUGCCUUACACCAGCAGGCCACAGGGAAUGCCCCCCCUUUCAGCAGCACCGGGAGUCCAGCAUCUCAGAACGAAGGGCUGAGCUCCCAGGACCACCAGCUUGUGACUCAUGCUGCCCGUCAGGAGCCCCAGGGCCAGGAGAUACAGGUGGACAACAGCAUCAUGGAGAAGCAGCUCUCCCCACGGCUCCAGAACAGCGAGGAUCUCCCCACCUACGAGGAAGCCAAAGUCCAGUCCCAGUAUUUCCGGGGUCAGCCGCACGCCAGCGUCGGGGCAGCCUUCUAUGUAACGGGGGUCACCAACCAAAAGAUGAGGACUGAGGGGCGGCCCACGGUCCAGCGGGUGAGCCCAGGGAAGGUCCACCAGGAUGAAGGACUGAAGGACCUCAAGCAGGGGCACGUGCGCUCGCUGAGCGAGAGGUUGAUGCAGCUGUCCUUGGCCACCAGCGGGGUCAAGGCCCACGCGCCCGUCACGAGCGCGCCGCUCUCCCCCCUCUCUCCGCUUUCUCCUCAGCAGUCCAGCGACCCGUAUAAAAAUUCUGGCUCCAAUGAGUUCUACAAGAACUCAGUGCAGCCCCCUUCCCAGCCCAGCAUGAAAGGAAUGGAGCAGCGGGGUCCUCCUCCCGAGUAUCCGUACAAAAAUGUGUCCACCCCGUCUAUGAACUGCAAACCUCAGGACUCGGGACAUUUCUAUAGUGACCAUCGCAUGAGCCAGCAGGGAAGAUCUGAUGGGCCUAUGAUGAGGUAUCAGCACCCCCCUGAGUAUGGGUCAGUCAGGCAGAACCCAGAUGUGCCACUGCAGUUACAACAGAGACCACCUCAUCACCACAGCCCGACGUCUUCCUUGACAUCCCUGGGAUCUUUGACUUUGCUUCAGUCUCCACCACCAUCUAGGCUGUCCCCUUCCCAACAUCAGCAACCUCUGACUCCAAGCCAGGCAGAUCCUGGCAUUCUGCCACGGACCCAGCAGCCUUUCUUGUCCAACCAAGUCCAUCAGGGAGAUUUGUACCGGCUAUGCCAGCCCUUCCUUGGCCCGCAGCAGCAGCAGCAAGGCGACUCCUAUUCGGUGAUGCCCCGGGCUCAGCAGAUCCCUUCCCCAUACCAGCAGAUGCAAGUAGAUCCUUUUGCCAUCGUUUCCAGGGCCCAGCAAAUGGUGGAAAUCCUGUCAGAAGAGAACCGGUCUCUGAGACAGGAGCUGGACGGGUGCUAUGAGAAGGUAGCCCGGCUGCAGAAGCUGGAAACAGAAAUUCAGCAAGUUUCAGAGGCGUACAAAAACCUGGAGAAAUCAUCCUCUAAGCGGGAUGCCCUGGAAAAGGCCAUGAGGAACAAACUGGAAGGAGAAAUUCGAAGGCUUCAUGAUUUCAACAGGGAUCUAAGAGAACGUAUGGAGACAGCCAACAAGCAGCUUGCGGAGAAGGAGUUUGAGGGGUCUGAAGACAAUCGGAAAACCAUCUCUCAGCUCUUUGCACAAAACAAGGAAACCCAGCGGGAAAAAGAGAAACUGGAAAUAGAACUGGCUGCUGCACGUUCCACCAACGAGGACCAACGACGGCACAUCGAGAUCCGAGACCAGGCCUUGAACAACGCUCAGGCCAAGGUGGUGAAACUGGAGGAGGAGCUCAAAAAGAAGCAGGUCUAUGUAGAGAAGGUGGAGAAGAUGCAGCAGGCCUUGGUUCAGCUGCAGGCAGCGUGUGAGAAGCGGGAGCAGCUGGAACACAGGCUGAGGACACGGUUGGAGAGAGAACUGGAAUCUCUGCGGAUGCAGCAGCGUCAGGGCACAUCUCAGGCUGCCAACGUCUCCGAGUACAACGCCACGGCGCUCAUGGAGCUCCUGCGGGAGAAGGAAGAAAGGAUUCUUGCUCUGGAAGCUGACAUGACCAAGUGGGAACAGAAAUACCUGGAGGAAAGUGUGAUGAGACAGUUUGCUUUGGAUGCAGCUGCAACUGUGGCUGCUCAGAGGGAUACGACAGUGAUCAGCCACUCGCCCAACCCCAGCUAUGACACCUCACUGGAAGCUCGCAUCCAGAAGGAGGAGGAGGAGAUCCUGCUUGCCAACAGGAGAUGUCUUGACAUGGAGGGAAGGAUUAAGACUCUCCAUGCUCAGAUCAUUGAGAAGGAUGCCAUGAUCAAAGUCCUGCAGCAGCGCUCCCGGAAGGAGCCUGGCAAGACAGACCAGCUCAGCUCCAUGAGACCUGCCAAGUCCCUCAUGUCCAUCUCCAACGCUGGCUCGGGCUUGCUGUCCCACUCCUCAACGCUGAGCAGCACUCCCAUCCUGGAGGAGAAGAGGGAGGACAAGAGCUGGAAAGGCAGCCUGGGUGUUCUGCUGGGAACAGAAUAUCGCUCCGAAUCCAUUCCCUCCACCCCCUCUCCCGUCCUUCCUUCCACACCACUGCUGUCAGCCCACUCAAAAACAGGCAGCAGAGACUGCAGCACCCAGACAGACCGGGGAAGUGAACAGAGCAAAGCUGCACCUUCCCCUGCAGCUCCUACCCCAGGACGACUCCCCAGCACCAGCUUGACCUACAGUGCAGAGAAAACAGAUGGGCCACUCUUCCACUCCAGCACUCUUGAAAGAAAAGCCCCUGUUCAGACCAUGGGGCAGGACCUUCCAGAUGGAGAGAUGGUAGAAUACCUCAUCUGAAAGCCUGUACCAAGAUCUGAGCUGGAUAACAGUAGCAAGAAAUUUUAAAAGACAUUUUUAUUGGGAAAAAAAUGUAGUACCUGCGUAAUAAAAGAACGGUCAUCUGUUUGCUCUUGUAUAUUAUGUCUCAAAAGUAUGGACAGGUUAAUUUAUAAUUUGUUCUAAAUUAUAAAAAACCCAUAACACUUUUUCUUUGAAAGUUUCCCCCUUUAUUUUUUAAAUACCGUAUCUGAUAAUAUCUGGAGGAAAAAACCCCUAGAACUUAGGUGUGCUACAUCUGAAAUUUCAUUUCAGUAUUUUUAAAGUCUCUUAAACAAAAGUACCUGCUCUCACAGGUGUUGGUUACAUGUCCAGCUUAAAUGCAGUAAGGUGAGCUUAAUGGCCUUAUAGUGAUUAGAACCAGGGACUUUGUUGUGAGCAUCACUUAAUGGUUUUAGAAAACAGGUGUUCUGAGAAGCUUUUAUAAAUCUGGGCUGGGAUCAAGGGAGAUUCCCUUUCACUUCCUGUUUCCUCUCAGUGUAAGAACUCAGAAUAGGUAUUUCAUAUUCAUAGGCUGAAAAGAUUUCCAUUUUCAGUGUGGUAACUUUUUUUUUUUACUUCCCAAA